AUGCCGCUUUUAGCUAUUCAGUCUUCUUCCCGGUCGCCAUUGAUCUCUCUUGCUUUCUCCAAACAACAUUUCUUCAGAAAAUUCACAAUUCCCUCUGUUCUUCUUCACGCACAAACACGCACAACCGCCGUUACCCGGUCUCAUUCUAGUACUACUAUGUCAACCGGAUUAUCUUCUAGCUCUCGCAGCAGCCACACCAUCAAUCUCCCGUGUCAACUCAACCAUCCGGUCGAAGUCGUUGCCGAUCCCGGUGUAUCCGAGGCUGAUUUUAAGAAUGCUGUUGAAUGUUCUUUGUUCAAGCAGUGGUUGAAAAACAUACAAACUGAAACGGGAAUGCUGGCUAAUGGGGAGAUGUUACUGAAACAAGUACUUAUCCAGGGUGUGGAUAUGUUUGGCAACCGGGUUGGAUUUCUUAAAUUUAAAGCUGAUAUCUUUGACAAAGAGACUGGGCAGAAGGUUCCAGGUAUUGUAUUUGCUCGGGGACCAGCUGUUGCAGUGCUCAUUCUCUUAGACUCGGAGGGUGAGACUUAUGCCGUGCUGACUGAGCAGGUCAGAGUACCUGUGGGAAGGCUUAUUUUGGAAUUACCAGCUGGAAUGUUGGAUGAUGACAAAGGUGACUUUCUCGGUACAGCAGUUCGUGAGGUUGAGGAGGAGACUGGCAUUAAGCUAAGUUUGGAUGAAGUGAUUGAUCUUACAGCAUUUCUGGAUCCAUCAACAGGACGCAGGGUUAUACCCUCUCCAGGUGGUUGUGACGAGGAAAUCAGUCUAUUUCUGUACCGAGGAAAUGUGAAUAAAGAGGUCAUCACACAGCUUCAAGGGAAACAAACUGGUCUCCGUGAACAUGGCGAGUUCAUUAAGGUUCAUGUAGUUCCCUAUCAGGAGCUAUGGCGCAGAACUGCUGAUGCAAAAGCACUAAUGGCCAUCGCAUUGUACGAAAUGGCCCAGAAGGAAGGCCUGCUGCCACCUUUGAGGAGAUGA